GUGCCAUUUUUGAUGCAGAGGCAGCAGGUACAGCCCAGUUAUCGAGUCAACCACCUACCAGACCAGUAGUCAGGAGAAAUCACAAACGGCGACGAGGCGGAACGAUUCCUCGCCGCUUGCCGGCGAGUUCACCUAGGAUUCCGGCUCGUCCAGGCGGCCACCCAACCACCACUACAGUCUACAGGUGAUACUACCACCCGGCACUAUAGUACACCACCGCAGAAGUGAGGUGCUCGUGAAGUUGCCGUAAUCUCAUCUCCGGGGUAACCAACCCAGUCGGGCGGCCGAUCCUUGAUCCGUAUCGGAGGGAAGAGGGGUCGAGGAGAGAGAGAAGAUGCGGCCGCGGCUGGUGCUCUUCGGUGCCUCCCUCACCGAGCAGUCGUUUGCCUCUGGUGGCUGGGGCGCCGCCCUCGCCGACCACUUCGCCCGCCAGGCGGACGUGGUACUGCGCGGGCUCAGCGGGUACAACACGCGGUGGGCGCUCAAGGUGCUGGGUAGAGCCAUGGAGGGGGCGGCCGCCGGGGGCGCGGACCCCGCGGCCGUCACGGUGCUCUUGGGCUCCAACGACGCUAGCCUGCCGGACCGGGCGGAGCCGCACCUGCACGUGCCGCUAGCGGAGUACCAGGACAACCUCCGCGCGAUCUGCGCCCACCUCAAGAAUAAGUGGCCGUCUGCUGCUAUCAUCCUCAUCACCCCUCCACCGAUCUACGAGGCCGCGAGGAUCCGGCACAUAUAUGGGGAUAAUGAUCCUUCAAGACAGCCUGAAAGAACCAAUGAAGCUGCGGGCACUUAUGCACAGGCAUGCAUAGCUGUUGCUAAAGAAUUGGAUCAGCCAUUUGUAGACAUCUGGACACACAUGCAGCAAUUUCCUGAUUGGCAGACAUCUGCAUUAUGUGACGGACUUCAUUUCACCCCGUUCGGAAACAAGAUUCUGUUCGACGAGGUGCUCAAAACACUGGAAAGUAUUGGUUUCAACAAACAGAGUCUCCCGUCGGAUCUCCCUCUCUACCAUGAAAUUGACCCCAAGGACCCAUUGAAAGUAUUUGAAAUUUGAACAAGUUUGUAGCUUCUGCUAAACCAUGGAUGGUCAAGCAUGCUUUCGGCUUCUCAUAUGUGACGUGGCGUACGUCCUAUAUUGAUGUUAUUCUAGCUGAUUUUGUGCACGAUUAUUGCGGUACUACUGCAGGAAUGCUGCAAGUAUUUUCUGUAGGGGGUGCAAAAUGGAAGUGUUUCAGAAGAAAUGAAGCAGUAAAUCUAUUUUCGUGGAAGGUCGGUGGCUCUGGCCUCUGGGUCCAAGGCCCAUGGGAAUACAAGCCUGUUGCGAGAAAGAGGAUUGGUAGAGCUCGGUUGGGCUAGUUUGGCCUGGGCCUAUUGGUCGACUUAAUUAGUCAGUUUUAAGAUAGCUACGAAUUAGCGAGCUUCACGAGCAGAUCAUGAGGUUAGCUAUCUCUAGUCCAUUUAUCGCGUUAAUUAAUGGUUAAUAAGAUGAACGGAGCUAAAAGCGUCGAGCAAACAGCUGCUCGUUAGAGCAUCUCUGUCAGAUACCUUAUGUAAAAAACGAGAGUAUAAGUCGCGCAAAUUCUGCGCUCGCGUGGGUUGGCACC